AUGAAUGACAUUGAGAAGAAAGAGCCUGGCUACGCCCUGGGCGUGGACGUUGAUGGCUCCGACUCCUUUGACACCAUCACUGCCCUGGUGGCUGAAGAUCACCAGCAUGAGAUCAAACUUCGGACCAUGUCAUGGCACAAGACCGCCUGUUUGCUCGCCGGUGAACAGGUCUGCCUGGCCAUUAUGGCUCAGUCGUGGUCCCUCUCCGUGCUGGGAUGGGUACCAGGAAUCAUCACCAUGGUCCUGUGUGCUUUGAUCUUCUGGUAUACCUCAAUGACGAUGCACAAGUAUAUCAUGAAGUACCCUCAAAUCAAAGAUAUCUGUGAUUUCGGUUACUACAUCUUUGGAAAGAGCAAGGCCGCAUGGUAUUUCUCGGCUUUCAUGUUGCUGGCAAACAACAUCUUGCUCAUUGGCUUCCACAUCUUAACCGGCGCCAAGGUCCUGAAUACCUUGUCUGACCACUCGCUGUGCACAGCCGUGUUCUCUGUCAUUACCACCAUCAUGGGAAUUAUCAUGUCCAUGCCUCGGACACUGCAUCAUGUCAGCUUUAUGUCAAUGUUCUCAUCUGCUUGCAUGGGUAUCGCAAUCAUCCUAUUCCUCGUCUUUGCAGGCAUAGAACCCGCGCCCCUCUACGGCUACAAGGGCAACUACCCAACUGAUGGACUCGUCGCGACCUACGCGUUCCCUCGCCCGGGCACAACAUGGGUAGCGUGCAUGAAUGCCGUAUUGAACAUAACAUUCAUUUGGGUCCCACAGAUCCUCUUCCCGACAUUUAUCUCGGAAAUGGAAAAGCCUCAAGACUUCCCCAAGGCCCUAGCCGUUCUCACUGGAAUCUCCUGCAUACUCUUCAUCGUUCCGCCUGCCAUUGGCUUCCGCUAUUUGGGUCAAUACUCCACAGCGCCAGCAUUUGGCAGUCUCGGCUCAAUCGCAUACAAGAAGGCAUCCUUUGGCUUCGUCAUCGUACCCACACUGAUCAUCGGCGUAAUCUACGCAAACGUGACUGCAAAGCUGGUCUACACUAAGAUCAUGGGUACAUCCCGACACGCACACAGCAACACUACCAUCGGAUGGGGAGUCUGGGCAUCGAUCAUGGUGGGAGUGUGGCUGCUAGGCUUUGUCUUUGCAGAGAUCAUCCCAAGCAUGGGCGAUUUCCUCUCCCUGCUCAGUGCGGCAUUCGACUCCUUCUUCGGAUUCAUUUACUUCGCCAUUGCAUACUGGCAGCUAAAUCGGGGGUCAUUAUUUGCAGGUCUGGGCAAGACAGCCUUGACCGUGCUCAAUGUUUUCAUCUUCUGUGUUGGGCUGUUCAUCCUGGGCCCAGGAUUUUAUGCAGCCGUUGAGGCUAUUAUUGACGAUUACUCGUCAGCUGUAACGCCUGCUUUUACUUGCGCUAAUAUGGCUAUCUAA